AAAUAACGUAUUACUAUGUGCUUAAGAAUAAUGUUUCCGUAGGCCGGUGGCAUGCUGCUGUGGAACCAAAGAUAACUAUGUAGGGGACUGCUGAGUCAUAAAGGCUGCAGAGCACAUGCUGCAACCUUUCAUGGUUGGGACUUACUCGGCGAACAAGACGAGAACAAAAAGGCGAGAGAAACGCACGCACGCAGAGGAAGGAAGGAAGAGGAAGGGAGCUGAAGCUGCUGAACAGGCAUGGAGAGCAAGCUCACCAACCAGGCAAAGGUAAAGACAAAGCUCAGCAUGAUGCACUCAAAGGUUAUCUGCUGCAAGCUCUACAUCUCUGAAAGCCAAAAUGCCAUGGUUGUUGAUGCAAUCAGUCGCAUAGGACAGAAAGACCCUGAGGUGGUUUUACUCAGCAAGUUCGAGGAUGAGUACUACAACCGUGUCCGCUACACGCUCGUCUCCUAUAUCAUCAGCGGCAGCUCAACUGGUGAAGCUGUAUUUAGCCCAAUCAGGAAAGUAUUGUUGGCAAUGAUUGAGACUGCAUUUUCAGCCAUAAAUCUUGAAGUGCACUGCGGAACUCAUCCAAGGAUUGGUGUCGUUGAUGACUUAUCAUUCCACCCCUUGAGUCAAGCAGCCACAAUGGAGGAUGCUGCUCAGCUGGCUAAGCUGGUGGCCUCUGACAUUGGCAAUGGCUUGCAAGUCCCAGUGUUCCUGUAUGCGGCAGCACACCCCAGUGGCAAGAGUGUUAGUGCAGUACGACGUGAGCUCGGCUACUACAGGCCAAAUCACAAGGGCAUCCAAUGGGCAGGUCAGGUGCUCCCUGAUACUCUUCCAAUGAAGCCAGAUGUGGGCCCAAUUCAUGUUUCUCGUGAAAGAGGUGCCACAAUGGUCGGAGCUAAACCUUUUAUUGAGAGCUAUAAUGUACCAAUACUGUGUAAAGAUAUCCCAACCGUGAGGAGGAUUACCCGAAGGGUGACCGGACGGAGUGGAGGUUUCCCGACAGUGCAAGCACUUGCCCUUUUCCAUGGGGAUAAUUGCACGGAGAUUGCAUGCUUGUUGGAUCCAGAUCAUGUUGGUACCGAUCAGGUUCAAUGGCUGGUGGAGCAGAUAGCAGAGGAGCAAGGACUUGAAGUUGACAAGGGUUAUCCCACCGACUUGCCCAGGGAUAUAAUGCUAGAAAGGUACUUCAAGACGAUUUCUGCUGCUGAUUGACAUGUGCAUAAUUUUCUUGGCAGAUUGUCAUGCAGUUAAUUGUAGUUCAUGCUGCUGAUUGAUGUUCUUGUAAUCAUGUGUAUGCUUCUGCUGAAAAUGUGGUGCCAACUAGCAUCCAGGACCAUUAAACAAUUGUUACAUUUUGUAUAUAGAAGUUAUAUCUGCGCUGAA